CUCCUUAUCGGUGGGUCACUAUGAAUGCUUUGACUAUGAUUUCCGUGGCGGCCCUCGUGGCUAGCGGCAGUGCCUCCUUGCUUGCGUACAACAGCGUUUAUGGAGGACAUCACGGCCUUCUUGGCGCCUAUCCUUAUGCAGGUUAUUCUGGACUGCACCCUUAUUCAUACGCAGGUGUCCUUCCUGCAGCUGCUCCUCUCACCCUCAAAACACCUGUAAUCAAGACUGUGGUUCCUGCACCUGUCUCUUACAACGUCGCUCCUGCACCUGUCUCUUACAACGUCGCUCCUGCACCUGUGUCCUACAACGUUGCCCCCUUCGCACCUGCAACACCUGUCCAGUCUCAGUACCACGCUCAGGACGAGAUCGGCCAGUACUCCUUCGGUUACGCCGGCGGUCCAUCUUCACGCGCUGAGUCUCGCGACGCCUUCGGUGUUGUCCGUGGUUCGUACAACUACGUGGACUCUGAGGGAAAGGUUCAGACUCAGCACUACGUGGCUGACGCCCUCGGCUUCCGUGCGUCCGGCACCAACCUUCCCGUGGCUCCCGACGCCCCUCUAGCCGCACUCCCCGGCCCAGUCCCCGAACCCGUCCAGGAUACUCCUGAAGUAGUCGCCGCCAAGAUCGCCCAUCUGCAGGCCUACAACGAAGCCGCCGCUGCCGCCGCUGCAGCUCCCGACACCCGCUAGGGAGAGAGCUUCACUUGAACGACAAGGUCGAUACAGUAGUGUGUAGAGCUCUCGCAACCAGAUCUCUAGUCAGUUUGGAUCGAGAGUUGACGCAUUUCUCUUUCCUUUGAACAAGCUAUGCUCAUGUUCAUGUAUAGUCAUAUAUUUCAUUGAUUUUCCAUAAUAAACUUAUGUGUAAAAAAA